CAGCUGAACAACAUGGCCGGCGGCGGAGCCAAGGGCGAGGCAAACGAAGACCACCUCGACAAGACGAUCGACUGGGUACAAGAACACGUCCUUAAGGCAGGCCAGCAGAAGGACGAGAGCGCGAUCGAGCAGGCCAAGGAUGAGCAGAUCAGCGACUUCAUUCGCAAGGGUUUCAAGGGCGCCACCGGUCACGAACUCCCUGUCAAGGACAAGUAG